AUGGAAGGGGUAAGUGGUUCUCUUAUUGAGGUUACACAUGGACCUUUAGACCCUCUUGAAACAAAAGUUGAUCAAGUUAUUUUGUUACAAAACGAGUGCUUAGAAUCUCUUAAAAAGAUUGAGCCGCAAGGACUUGAAGAACUUAAGCGUGUAAUGGCUAAGGUUCCAGCUUAUAUUGCUAAAAUCAAGAAACUCCGUUCAGAAAUGCAGGCAUGCGAAGAACUUGCCGCCAAAAUUACAAAGGGCGUUGAAAAACUAUCCAAAGCAUAA